UACAAAUGGCUUCGGUUUGGUUAAUUAUUACCAUACUUCCUCUAUUUCUUCUCUUCAGCUCGUGGCUGUGGGUGCUCAGAAGCCACGCCAGAUUGCCUCCUGGUCCUAAAGGAUUUCCAAUUUUUGGAAGCCUUCAUUUGUUAGGAAAGCUUCCACAUAGAGCUCUCCAUCGCCUAUCUCAAAAGUAUGGCCCUAUUAUGCACUUGCGAUUAGGCCUUGUAUCCACCAUCGUAGUCUCUUCUCCCGCCGCCGCCGAGCUCUUUCUCAAAACCCACGACCAUGUUUUCGCCAGCCGCCCACUCAUCCAGGCCUCCAACCACAUUUCUUACGGUCGAAAGGGUCUGGGGUUCGCUGAAUAUGGACCUUAUUGGCGCAAUAUUCGAAAAAUGUGCACUGUCGAGUUGCUUAGCAAUCUCAAAGUUAGCUCCUUUAGGUCAAUGAGAAGCGAGGAGGUUGGGUUGUUGAUCGACCAUCUUCGAGAGGCUGCAAAAAGUGAUGUGGUUGUAAAUCUUAGUUCAAAAGUUACGUCUUUGGUUGCGGACAUGACGUGUUUGAUGGUUUUUGGGAAGAAAUAUGGGGAUGAGCAGUUGGACGAGAGGGGUUUCAAGGCUGUGAUACAAGAGGUGAUGCAGUUGGCGGCGGCUCCUAAUUUGGGAGAUUUUAUUCCCUAUGUUGCUGGGCUUGACUUUCAAGGGUUCAACCGUCGUGCAAAAUCUAUUAGUAAGGUGAUUGAUGGGUUUUUGGAGAGAAUUAUUGAUGAACAUCUUCAGCCAAAGAUUGGAAACAAAACUAAGGAUUUUGUUGAUGUUAUGUUGGACCUCAUGAACUCCCAAGCAACAGAGUACCAGAUUGAACGAUCAAGUAUCAAAGCCAUAAUUCUUGAUCUACUCGCUGCGGCAGUUGAUACUUCAGCCACUACAAUUUCAUGGGCACUAUCUGAACUCAUCAAGCAUCCACUUUCAAUGAAAAAAAUACAAGAUGAAUUAGAAAAAGUGGUUGGUUUGGAUAGGAUGGUUGAAGAUUCAGACUUGUGUAACUUAAAAUACUUAGACAUGGUAAUUAAGGAGAUUUUCAGGAUGCAUCCACCCGCUCCAUUAUUAGUUCCACAUGAGUCUCUUGAUGAUUGUACUGUAGAUAAUUUUUACAUUCCUAAGAAAUCACGGAUAAUAGUGAAUGCAUGGGCAAUUGGACGAGACCCAAACGUUUGGAUCGAUGCAGAAAAGUUCUUUCCAGAAAGGUUCAUUGGCAGUCAAGUGGACAUAAAAGGAAGAGAUUUUCAACUUAUUCCAUUUGGAUCUGGUAGAAGAGGUUGCCCUGGGAUGCAAAUGGGUCUUAUUGUGGUUCGUUUGGUGUUAGCUCAACUUGUGCAUUGUUUUAAUUGGGAGCUUCCGAAUGGUACGUUGCCAACUAAAUUAAACAUGACAGAAGAGUUCGGUUUAACCUGUCCAAGAGCAGAAGAUCUCAAGGUUAUUCCUAUUUAUCGUAUUCUUUAGAGAAAAGRGUUAAAACUAUUAUUUGCUUGCUUUGCAUAAAGGUAUAUAUAAUGAUCGGUGUAAAAUGUUUAAAUUUCUCGAUAAGUAAUCACAUUAAUACUAAAUCAAAGUCCCAAGAUCCAAAGUCAUGCAUGUGCUUGACACACUUAUUAAUGCAAACUUGUCGUGGACUCAUUAUAUGAAA